UAUGUCUUGCUUCGCCUCCCAAUAAAUAUUUCACACAUGGUGGUGCUGGAUGUCCGUUUGCCGCCGAAUCACGACUACGCUAUUUUGCCGCGCCGCCAUUGCAUCUGACCUAAUCUGACCUGAGACCAGGUACCUGUUGCAAGUGACCUGCUGUAAACCCAACUAUUCCCAUCAGAUCCACCUGAGUGUCCCCUAUCUGUCCUGUCGCCGCGAUGGCCUCCAGCGAGCUGAAGUCGAUUCCGUCCGACGGGCCGUCGGUCACACUCACCAUCCGCCUGCUCAUGCAGGGCAAGGAGGUGGGCAGUAUUAUCGGAAAGAAAGGAGAGAUCGUCAAAAGGUUCAGGGAAGAGAGCGGUGCCAAGAUAAACAUUUCUGAUGGCUCUUGCCCAGAGCGCAUAGUCACGGUCACUGGUUCGCCAGACGCCAUUUUCAAGGCAUUCCAGCUGAUUUGCAAGAAGUUCGAGGAGGUCAGCGAGCGCAAUCAGAAUGAAUACAGCGCCAGCAGUAUGCAGACGGGCUCGGGCGUGCCGCGGCCUCCCAUCACCAUGCGCCUGAUCGUGCCGGCCUCCCAGUGCGGCUCGCUCAUCGGCAAGGGCGGCGCCAAGAUCAAGGAGAUCCGCGAGGUGUCCGGCGCCAGCAUCCAGGUGGCCAGCGAGAUGCUGCCCAACUCGACGGAGCGCGCUGUCACCAUCUCGGGCGCGUGCGACGCCAUCACGCAGUGCAUCUACCACAUCUGCUGCGUGAUGCUGGAGUCGCCGCCCAAGGGCGCCACCAUCCCGUACCGGCCCAAGCCGCAGAUGGGCGGCGGCAACCCGGGCAUGUUCGGCGGCAACCAGCCGUUCGCGCAGCUCGGCAACUUCGGCAUGCACUCCGGGCACGACUCGUACGAGCCGGCGCCCAGCCGAUUCCAGCCCAAGAACAACAACCCGCUGGCCAGCCUGCUGGGCAGCCUGGGCGGCGGCGGUGGCAUGGGCGGGCCGCAGAACACGCUACAAGCCAGCACCUCAGCGGUGACGGCGCUGGCGGCGCUGGCCGGCUCCCAGCUGCGCGCGCCGCAGGGCGUCGGGCCCGGCACGCAGACGCACGAGAUCACCGUGCCCAACGAGCUGAUCGGCUGUAUCAUCGGCAAGGGCGGCACCAAGAUCGCCGAGAUCAGGCAGAUAACGGGCGCCAUGAUCACCAUCUCCAAGUUUGACGACUCGACGGACGACGCCACCCACCAGGAGCGCGUCAUCACCAUCAAGGGCACCAGCGACCAGGUGUCACUGGCUCAGUACCUCAUCAACACCAGCGUGGAGAUGCACAAAGCCAACCUGGAGGGCAGCCAGGCGGAGGAGGAGAGCAGCAGCAGCGGCGCCGGUGGCAGCGGCGGCGCGCUCAACCCGUCCGCUAUCCCGCUGGCCAACCUCCUCAAGAACCCCGGCGCCCUCAACGCCCUGUCCGCCCUGACCAACAUCAACUUGAGCUCGCUGGGCGGUCUGCAGGAGCUGCUGGGCGGCAGCGGCGCCGUGCAGACCACCGGCGUGCACAAGAAGACGUACACGCCGCGCAUGCAGCGCGCCCCCGGCGGCUCGUCCCCGCCGCGCGACAAGCGCAACAAGUUCCAGCCCUACUAACCGGCCCGCCCGCUCCCCUCCCGCGCCCCUCUCGCGCCCAGUCGGCCAUGUGCGCGCUCGUGGCGGCCGCCGCCGCCGCCGCCCAUUAGAUGUGUAAUGUAGCCCGGGCCGCGCGCCGUAGGGGCGCAGGGGUCUGGCGGCAGCGCGGCCGGGCCCCGCCGGCGGCGGCAGACACUCGCCCCCACCCCCACACCCAUCCUUAUUCUUAGCGGUACAUUUUUGCGCCUGUAUGUUUCCAUUGAGCAUUAGCGAGGAUCAUGGCACGUUUUUCGGAGUGGUUUAGCCGCCGUCAGAAGGCUGUUUUGGUGACCGAUCAUGCGGUUGUCGCGGCUCUUGUUUUGAUUUCAACCGUCCGCUAUCGCGUAUCGAUUUUCAUUGUCUAUGCGUCUAUACGGGACGUGCUCUUUUGACCGCGUUGCUCUGUAGUGGCCAAGGCCGUGUUCAAUACAGAAUCAUGUCUGACA